CAGCGUCAAGUGAUCUAAAAAUCUUAGACAGAUACGAGAAGCCACGUGACCUUGUCGACGACCUCUAGUUCGGCAUUUAACACCGUCAUCUGGUCCUGUCCGAUCGUCGCACCCUGAAGUUUGUUGACGGACGGAUUGUCGUUAAUUGUCACGCGGGUAAACUCUUGGACUUGCUGAGGAUAUUGGACUGGCUCGUGAAACGAGCAUCAUCGAAAAACCCCGCAGACAUGAUAAGAACCACGUCGAGUCUACGUAACGGAUUGGUACGCGCAGUCUUCUGCGAUUCCGUCCGAAUCACUACCUUGCGCUCCGUGGUCAUCUGGUGUCUUCACAGAAAACAUCAGCAGAGAGUUCAGCUUCAAAGUGCUCUACGUUUUACUUUGACACCAUGGCAGCAACAGCAGAGAUUUUAUGCAGAUUAUCCAGAUCAUGUCAAAGUGCCGCUUCCAGCAUUGUCUCCCACUAUGGAAACAGGGACAAUAAUUAGUUGGCAAAAGAAAGAGGGUGACAAGUUAAACGAGGGUGAUUUGCUGGCAGAGAUUGAAACUGACAAAGCUACAAUGGGAUUUGAGACUCCGGAGGAAGGUUAUUUGGCAAAGAUCCUAGUACCAGCGGGAACAAAAAAUGUUCCCAUAGGCAAGCUUGUGUGCAUUAUUGUUCAAGAUGAAACAAGCGUAGCUGCAUUCAAGGAUUUUAAGGACGAUACAGUUGCUUCUCCUCCUCCCCCUCCUCCUCCUCCCGCAGCUGCUGUACCAUCACCUCCUUCUGUCACACCGCCACCAACGCCUAUACCAUCGAUGCCAUCAGCAACUUCGACUCUUCCUAUUUCAGCAUCUCCUGAUGACAGAAUAUACGCUAGUCCACUAGCAAGAAGGUUGGCGGCUGAAAAAGGACUUAAUUUACAGGGUCUGAAAGGAACAGGAUUGUAUGGUUCUGUCACGUCCAAAGAUCUGGAAGUUGCUGUUCCAGCAGCUGCUGCGAGGCCGCGAGCGGAGCUGAUUGGCGCAUCAGCUAGCGAAGACAUUCCUGUAUCAAAUAUACGAGCGGUUAUCGCCAAACGGUUAUUAGAAAGUAAGCAGACGAUACCGCAUUAUUACCUCUCGAUGGACGUAAAAAUGGACGCUGCACUGACGAUGCGGGAACACUUCAACAAAAUGUUAGAAAAAGACAAAAUCAAAAUCAGCGUGAACGAUAUUAUUAUCAAGGCAAUGGCUAUGGCUUGUAAAAAAGUACCGGAAGGAAAUAGCGCCUGGUUAGGAAAUGUAAUUAGACAAUAUCACAGUGUAGACGUUAGUGUAGCAGUAAGCACAGACGCUGGUCUAAUCACUCCCAUAGUGUUCAACGCUGACACAAAGGGUCUAGUUCAAAUCAGUAAAGAUGUAAAGACGCUAGCCGCGAAAGCGAGAGAAGGAAAAUUAAAGCCACACGAGUUCCAAGGUGGAACAAUUACUGUGUCCAAUUUGGGCAUGUUCGGAAUUAAGAACUUCGCUGCCAUAAUCAAUCCACCACAGUCUAUCAUUCUCGCUGUAGGCACUACAGAAACGAGACUGAUACCUGCCAAAACUGAGAAAGGAUUCAUAACUGCCCAAUUUGUAUCGGUAACUGCCAGUUGUGACCACCGCACCGUUGACGGCGCGGUAGGUGCGCAAUGGUUAGUUGCCUUUAAGGAAAUGAUAGAAAAUCCAUCGACGAUGCUUCUGUAAAAUGUUAUUUCUUCGAUGUGGAAUACGAUCUGCAGUUUAAAAAGGACACUUAAGAGGUGAUAUGUGGCACCACUAUGCGCGGGGAUUGCUUUUAUAUUGAUCGAUUUAGUUUGCCGACACUAUUUGAAGUUUCCGAAAGUUUGCACAAGUUUGUUUUUUUGAUUUACGAAAUACGAAUAAGAAGACUGAUCCAGUUCAGUAAAACAACAGCUAGUGUGAAUCAUUCGUUUCGUUAUGCUUAUGAAUUUUGAUGAACAUCGUUAUGCUUAUGAAUUUUGAUGAACAGAUUUUAAUCGCGCAUGUAAACUUGUCAUCGCCUCUCUUAGUGACCAUGUGUACAUAACUGUAUUUAUAAUAUAAUAAAAAUUUAAAUAAUGCAGCUGUGCUGUGUUGCAGAGAAAAUACGAGACUCGAAUAAGGGGAAGUAACAAUUAUAAAUAAUGAAAAAUUAGCAAAUAUGUACAUGUAUAUAUAU